AUGCUCAAAUUCUACUUGAUCAUGUUGAUCUUGAUUUUCCUUGAGACAUCUAUCCCAUACAAAAUGGUACUGAUAUAUGGUACACCUGAAGAUGUCACUAUGAAUCCAUCACCAUUGACUAUGGACUUUGAUGCUUGUGUGGAGUAUUGUUACGGGUUGAGUGCUUGUAUGAUGGUCUCCCACGCCAUCGGUACCCAAAACUGCAUUGCCUAUGAGAUUGGGCAGGUGUCAACGGUUAGGGAGACGGAUAGUGGUGGGAGCAACAAAGUCGCCAUUAAGAUGAAUGGCACGGAGACUGCACAGUGUCCACUGACAGCUGAGGAGAAUUCUAUGAAGUUCGGCGCCGAAACCGCCAACUACACCUAUCGAGAGUUUGACAUCACUGUAUCCAACAGCCUUUGGACAUUCACCCCCGUCCCAGCUUGCCCGAAGAACUUCACAAUGGUUACGAGACCUAAAGGGCAGUGGUGUAUAGGGGUCGUCCCCGCAAAAGCCUGCAUAACUCAAAAACAAGGCUCGUCAAUGUGCACCAAGAGCUAUGGAAAUUCGAUUUUGAGUGGUGUAGAGAAUUUUGAGGAGUAUGGCUUGAUUCAAGAUCUUGCCCAACCCCACCUCACGGAUCUUCCCAGUGGAGCCGCUGGCCGUAGCACCGUAGGAUUUUGGAUAAACGGCGAUCGCAAGCCAAUUUGCACAGGUGUUAAUAAAACCGCUAGCUGUAACGGCACAAAUGAAUUCACCUUCUCGGACCCCACACUCUCUCUUAAUCCAACCGGGUACAUCUGGGGAGUCGACCAGCCAAGUGGUACUUUAGCAAAGGACUCGUUGUGUGUUCACUAUGGAUUCAAUAGUACUACAAAACAAAGUAUAGGGGUGGAUGAUUAUUCGUGUACAGUGAGUUCGACUAAUGGAACGUGCUUCAUUGGCUACAUUUGCGGUUUCAGGCCUUCCUGA